UCACCCUUCCCCAGCCCGACUCUGUUGCUGUUGUGUCGAUGACGCGGAAGGUCUAGCCGGCCGAACGGCAAAUGAGUCAGCAUCAAUAAUCUGCCUCUCCGUUGAUGCGGGGAUUCAUCUAAAUCUCCCAGCAAAACACUCAAACAUCGAUUAGCCUCAUUAAAGUGAGAAAUGGCGGUUCCUGCAACCCCAAACCUGCAGCUGAGCACGGCGAGACAAAGCAGUCCUGUAAACUGCACAGAAAACGACAUCCACAUCGACGAGAAGCAGCUGGAAAACAUCAGCAAUCAUGUCGAGGACGGCACGUCGCUGCCGCUGCACUCGCCCUGGACCUUCUGGCUCGAUCGGUCAUUACCAGGUACAACGGCAGCGGAGUGUGAAUCAAAUCUGAAAAAGAUAUACACAGUGCACACAGUUCAGAGCUUCUGGAGUGUGUACAACAACAUCCCUCCUGUGUCCUGCCUCCCUCUGAGGUGUAGCUACCACUUAAUGAGAGGAGAAAGAAGACCACUAUGGGAAGAGGAAAGCAAUGCAAAGGGAGGUGUUUGGAAAAUGAAAGUGCUAAAGGAAAGCACAUUAGCUGUUUGGAAAGAGCUGCUAUUGGCCACAAUUGGGGAACAAUUCACAGAUUAUUGUGCAUCAGAGGAUGAAGUGGUUGGAGUAAGUGUCAGCGUGAGAGAACGGGAGGACGUUGUUCAGGUCUGGAAUGGAAACGCCUGUUUUGCAAAUGAGUCAAAAGUUUUAGGGAGAAUCUACGAACUUCUUCCGCAGAUAUCUUUUAAAGCAGUAUUUUAUAAACCACACAAGGAGCACCAUGCGUUUGAAGGUGGUCGCUCAAGACAUUAGCAAGCUUUGCACAUUCGUCACAUAUUUUCUCUGUUUUUUUGGACUGAUCCUCGAAAAUGGACUGAAAACAGAAAAUCCCUCCUGGAUGAACAGAACUGUUGGGUUUUGAUAUCGUAGAAAAGUUUGAAAGUGUUGUACGAUCCUUCCACGCUUUUUGCUAAAAACUUUUCUCAUGCCGGAUGUUUAGGCAAUAUCAAUGAGAUCACAUAGCAGUAGCAUAUGUAAUGUACUCAUCACAAAGGAGUGUUGCCAGUUAUGUUUUUGUUCCCCUUUUUGUUUAUUGAUCAAAUGUUCAGUUCAGUAACCCAAUUGCUGCUUGUUAGAGAAAAUGCUUAUUGUGUUAUAAACUUUACACUUCCUUUACAGAAUAAGAGUGUCCAUUAUCAUGAAACAGUAUGUAAAUUUUAGGGCUGAUUAUCUUAGAUACACAUUAGAUUUGGCACUAGACUAAAUAGAAGACCAAGACUAAGCCUAAUCUGUUUCUGGGAAGCCAUGUUUUAUGCAAAAGUAUUGCACAUUUCUCAAUACAAAGAUCUCUCUGACUUGGUUUCGUAGCAAAUCUAAGUGGGUGAAAAACAACCUUGUUUAUAACGUAGAAUUUAAAGCAAAAUGCAUAUGCAAGUUCCCGUUUUCACCCAAAUCUGAAUAUUCAAGUGAAAUAACUUGAUAUUAAUCUGAAUUUUGGUACCUGAUAGUCAAAAAUUUUGCACCGGUGUUAUUACGUUGCAGGUCAUGCAAACGGCUUUGCUUUUAUGAUUUUAAAAACUGUAUCCAGAUCUGCUUCUGUAGUAUUUUAUAUAUGUGAAAGCUAUUUUCGAAUGGCGUCAUGGCACUGUUAGGUUCCGCUGAACUUCUCUUUUUCACAUACAACUUAUGGUUACUGCACUGUGGUUGAUAUCUUGCAUUGUUUCGUGUAUUACUGUAGCCUUUUGUUUUAUAGCGUACCUUUAAGUGUCUUUGUCAGAAUUGUCCAAAUGCUUCAUAUUUUCAUGGUCUGAAAUCAUAAUGUCUGGAGAUUUUUUUUUACUUAUGCAUUUUCUCUUAACUAUUAUGUUUUGGAAUGGAUGGUUAUGUUGGAAAACGUAUGAGUGAAGGGGAGCUAAUGUCGAUAUUGUCAAAUUAUGAAACUGACAAACACCUGUGUAAUCAUCAGAGCAUUUUGAUGAAUAUAUUUUUAGUUUUUCAAUACCAAAGAAAUACCCUUUCCAUUGUCCUAUAUAAUUCAUCAUUGUCUGUUGAAAUAUAAAAAGAGCUUCAUAUUAACUUGCAUAGAGGGUGUUAAAACAGUGUUUCUCAUGUUUUUCUUUCCUUUACUGGUGUAGUUCAUAUUAGUUCAUAUCAUGGUGCUCUGUGUAAUGUAUGUGUAGUGUCAAUAACUGCAAGCCCAAAAAGACCUGCAUUGUGAAUGAGGUCCUUUAAUGCACUAAAAAGCACAAUUAUGAUUCAGUCUUUCAUAUGGGCAGAGAUGUGCAAAAUAACUUGCAGCUGACCUUUCAUAUUUCAUCCUUUUCCUACCUAUCACGGAUCUCUUUAAGACAAGUACUGUGGAUUUUUGGAUUAAUUUUUUGGAGCAUUUGUAUAAGAUUUCCAGGGCUCCUAAUCAGGAUCCGAAACCUGAAACUGAUUGUCAGUCUUCUGGAACGGUGCCUUGUGUUCUCCCAGGUUCUGGACGCAUAGAAUGUUUUGUUUAUCUCUGUGUAUUUCAUCAUUUAUAAUAUAAUUUUCUUUUUUUUCCCCCUUUUUCUUUUUUUGCUUAUAGAUUUUUAAAUAUUGAAUAAAUAAGCAGAAUUCAAAAUGCAAGUGUUGUGUCAAGUGUUAUUUUCCACAUCAAAUUGUACAGGUGCAUCUCAAUAAA